AUGGCAACCGGCGGAGCUAGAACAGUACCCCGUGCUAAUAAAAGUGUUUUGAGACGUCUCAAGCGCCCAUCCUCCGCCCCCACACCACACAUCCCCCCUCCCCUUCUCCCCGCCUCCCCUUUCGCUCCAGGCGGUGGUGGCGCACAAGGCAGCAGCGGAGGCGGCAAUGAGGGGGCAGCUGGAGGGGCCAGCGAGUUGUGGGACACGGUGGUGGCGCACAAGGCAGCAUUGGAGGCGGCCACGAAGGGGCGGCUGGAGGGGCCGGCGAGUUGCGGUGGUGGCGCACAAGGCAGCAGCGGAGGCAGCCAUGAGGGGGCAACUGGAGGGGCUGGCGCACGGAGGGACGUCUCAUCCCUCCCCCCCUUCCUUAAACUCCCCUUUCCCCGCCUUCUCUCCCCCCAGGCGGUGGUGGCGCAGAAGGCAGCAGCGGAGGUGGCAAUGAGGGGGCAGCUGGAGGGCUGGCGCACGGAGGGACGUCUCAACCCCCCCUUCAUUAACCUCCCCUUUCCCCGCCUUCUCUCCCCCCAGGCGGUGGUGGCGCAGAAGGCAGCAGCGGAGGCAGCAAUGAGGGGGCAUCUGGAAGGGCUGGCAGCAGGGGUGGAGGGGGAGCGGGCUGCUCGGGAGUCGGCUCUGGAUGCUCUGAUGACGGACUUUGAGAGCAGAGUGUCUGCCAGCCUCCCCCCAACCUCAUCUGUCCGCUCGCCCCUCGCCACCAUCACCUCCUCUGCUACAGCUGCCCCCACCGAACCAGACUCCAUCUCUACCCCUUCCACACUCGCUCCUCCCCACACUCCCGUGCUCCCUCCCUCCUCUCUCCCCUCCUCUCACACCUCCUCUCACCGCUCAUCCCUCCCCUCUUCGCUCUCCUCCUCCCUAACCACCUUCGUCAGCAGCAGCAGCGAGAUAGAGGCACUGGCGCAACGAGCUAGAGCCGCAGCUCUCGCUGCUGCUACCGCCGCUGCUGGCAGGGGUGGUGCUGGUGCUGCUAGUUCUGGUGCCGGCGGUGUUACUGGUUCUGCUGCUGGUGCUGCAGAUUUCGCUGCGCUGCCAGGUAUCAGUGCUGGUGGUGGUGGCGAUUUCUCAGGAAUGGCAGAGGCUGGGGGCAUGAUGGCGUACCCUGGAGGGCCGCACACUUCCCUCAUCCCCACCAGCAGCACGGGGACGGGCAGUGCAGUGACAGAGAGGAGCGACGGUGGGGGCGGUGGGGGGUGGAGCCUGGGGUUGGGGCUGCGAUGGAGCGGAGGCAGGGUGCAGCGGCGACAGCGAUUCGUGGUGGACACGGCAUGGCUGGAAGGGAUUAGGCGGGACUACAUGGAGCUCCAGCGGCAGCUGGCAGAGGAGCAACAGAAGAACCUUGUGGUGCAGCAGCUGGCAGCGGAGAAGGCAUGGAUGGAGGCGGCACUGAUGAGGUUCCUGCAGAUGAAGCGGCAGCACGAGGAGGAGGUGGCCCAGCUCAUGGCCAAGGUGGCUCGGCUGGAGCAAGCAGUUGCCAGCUCUGGCCCCUCGGUGGCCGCUGCUAUUGCAGAGAGAACAAGCUGA